GUUAAUUUAACUCCCGCUUCCACCUCCUACUCUCACCAUUUUAUUCACACUCCAUGCCACCCACCACCGCCACCACCACUACCCCCUAUGCCCAAGAAGUUCAAGAAGAAUGCCUAUGCGAAGCCAGCGAGUACAGCCCAUCACACUCUGGUCUCCGGUGGUUCCCGCCCCAAAGACCAUGAUCGCCUCCGCCCGUCUUCCACCUCCUCCCCCGCCGAGCAACAAGAACAACCCUCCGUGAACGAGCUGAUCGACCACCUGCGACGCACCCAAGUCACACGAACCCCCGACCACGGACCUGAAAACCCUUAUCGAUUCGUGGUCCCCCGCUCAGUCCACCCGUCUCUACGCAAUCUCCUCGAGCUCCCUGAGACCCCGCCCCCGCGCCCGCGGCCGGGCUCGCGCCGCCACGCCGUCGUCGGCGCACGACGGGGCACGCGACGAACCGCCGCCGGACCUCCCGCCCCUCAGAGCUGGCUCGUGGGGAACUACGGUCGGGAGGAUGAUAAGGAGCUGGAUGAAGAUGGCGCGACGGAGAGUCGUCGCACCAUCUACCGACUGGCGGAGCGCCUGCCCGGCACGACGUUCCCCGCCAGAGGAAGUCUGCAGCAUACCGUGCUGAAGUCCAUGGCGCUCUACUGGGCGUGGCAUCUUGAGUACGACGGCCCGUUUCUCGCGGACCUGCCUAAUCAUGUCAAGGUCCGAUUGCUCAGUUUCAAUGGUGUAUACACCCGGGACUAUCAGAUCCCGUCUGGUUUGGGGCUGCGGGUGUUGUUCCCUCGCUCUCAGCAGCAACAGCAGCAGCAACAGCAGCAUUUGGACGAUGACUUCGCGGCUUCCCAUGAGCACAGCAGCGAGACAGGAGCAGCAGGAGCAGCAGGAGCAGCAGGAGCAGCGCAGGAGAACGACGACGAAAUCACGCGCCUCGACCUCAGCAGCGCCCUAGGCCGCUGGCUCACGCUCAAGCAAAUCUCCAGCGAACUGCUCCUCACGACCAAGCAAUCCACCCCUGCUCUCCAGCAAACACCCAACGAGCCCGCCUCCGCCUCCACCUCCGCCGUCCCAUCCUCCUGGGAGGACGAAUACGACGAACACCAACCCCCACAACCUACUACACCCACAUCCCUAACCACAACAACCCUGCGCACCCCGCGCUUCACCAACCUCCGGUACCUCUCCCUGGCCCACCCGACCCCCGCCUCCGCGAACUGGAACAGCUUGAUCACGCUCCUCGCGCGCCUCACGCGCAUCACCCACCUCUCGCUGGCCCACUGGCCCCUCCCGACCGCCACCCCGCACGCCCGCACCGCCACCGUCCGCCACCCGGCCCACCGCUCCCUCACCUUCGCCUACGGCGGCACGGACGCCUACGCCGCCAGCGACAACAACUGGGCCGAGGUCGCGGGCCUCCUGCGCCGGCUGUCGCGCGCCACCUACUGCCUGAAGUGGCUGGACCUCGAGGGCUGCGGGGAGUGGCUCCCCGCGUUCAAUUGGGUCGGGCGCGGCCCCGACGGCGAGGUGUAUCCCUCCGGUCCGGAGUGGAAUGGCUCCUGGCGCGAGGUCGAGUUCAUCCGGUUGGGCGCCGGCUGGGUGCCUUCGCUUGAGGGGGAUGAUGAUCCUGCGCUACUGCAGCAGCAGCAGCAGCAGCAGCAGGAGCGUCGGCUAGUUCCAGAAGGCAUUAGACCUGCUACUCUGGUAGAAGGUGUAGGUGGGGCCAGACGAGCCCUGGCUGCGUCGAUGCAUGCCCCCCCUCCGGCGGGUGCUGGCGCCGGCGGCGAUGAUGAUGAUGAUGAUGACAAUCUCCCCUGGGACGUCGAGGAGGAGAGGCUCAAGUACCGGCGGAUGAAGGGGGUGCAGCGGUACCGCGAGAUCGUGGAGACGGCCAAGGAGGUGCAGCGGAACGUGCAGCGCGUUCGGAAGGAGGGCAAGGGGAAGUGGGUGACGUUCUCGUUCGGGUUGGAGGGGUUGGAGGACGAUGCGUUGAAGAGGUUGCUUGGACCGAGGUGGUUGGAUCUGUUGCCUUGAUUUCUGGCGGGCGGCGGUAGCGUUUUUGGGGGUGUAUGGUGCAGUAUAUACUGUAUAGUAGGGAAAAAUCUAUAACUGCAACUUAGGUAGAAUAUACAGCAGC